AUGUCGGAGUCGGGGAACGCCCCCGCCCAACAACUGGGCGAGCUGACGCAGCCUCAGCAGCAAGUUGAGGUGGUUGUUCAGCCUAUUUCUGGAGCUGCUGCCGCGACCGGCGCGCAGCCUGCAGCUGUCGUGGAAGGCGCUUUCCACAAUGAUGUUCCCUACCCCUAUCCCCCGGUCUCGACGGACAUGCCUGCCCCUGAACAGCCUGAGGAAGGCACCGUCAUCGGCACCGCGCGCGAGUCCGAGGUCGAGGUCUACGGCCCCGACGACGUCGCGGGCGCAGCGAUCCCCCGCCCUCCUCCUCAGGUUAUGACUGCUCUCGGUCCGAUGCCGCUUCCCGCGGAAGUUCGCCAGAAGAUCCCCGAGAAGUUCGUGGCCAAGCCCAUCGUCGAAGAGCGCGAAAUCUACGUGUCUAAGAAAGAGGUCCGCGAGCGGACGAUUGAAGUCCCCCACGUGCACUACGAACACAAAUUCGCGGAGAUUGCGCGCAGCCUGAAGAUCAAGAAGCUCGUCCCGCGCGUGCGCGAGGUUGUCAAGGAGAUUCCUCGCGAAGUCUACAAGCCCGUCAUCGAAGAGAAAGUGAUUGAAGUGCCUCAGGGCGUCAAGUACGUCGAAGUGCCGGUCGAGGUGCCCUGCCUGUACCCGCCCAAGAUCCUUCCGAAACCCAAGGUGCAAGUCAUUGAGCGCAUCGUCGAAACCAUCAAGCCCGUUGUCAAGGAGAAGAUCAUUGAAGUGCCGCAGACAGUGGUCAAGCAGAUCCCCAAGAUCAAGACUGUCGAAGUGCCAUACUACGUGCCGCGCUACGUCGAGAAGAUCAUCGAGAUCCCGUACCAGCCGCCCGACUCCGCCACGCUCCCGCCCAUGAUGGUCGGCGGCCUGCCCUCUCGCGUGAGUGCGACGAUGCCUACCCCGUUCGAAAUGGGCCCCAUGCCCGCAGGUCAGCUGAACGAAAUCAACUUGCCCUACGAGGCGCGCGUGGACAUCACGGUCUCGCAGGACGCCGCCAGCCAGAAGUCUGGCUCGGCUGCUGGAGCGACGACCCUCGUGAACCCUCCAGGCAGCCAGGCGCCCGCGAUCGAGCUGCCGCAAGGCUUCACCUGGGGUCCUCCCCCGAACGCGCCGCCCGUUCCGGGCUCGCCCAUGUCCGGCUUGGGCGGCAUCGCGUCCAUGGGGCUGACGGGCGCGGCGGGCGCGCCGGCGACGCACGGCCUGAACAUGCCGCCGAUGAUGGUCACCUGCCCGCCGGAAGUCGGCAACGUGAAAUUCGCAGGCUACCUGUCGGACCCCGACAUUCUCACGCGCCGCGGAGUCAUGGGCUACCAGGGCUUCAAGCAGACCGGCACCUUCCAGAUGCUCUUCCCGCCGCUCGCGCCGCAGCCCGGCGUCCCGCUCGACCAGGCCGGCUCGCCAGACGUCCGCACUCUCGUCUGCGCGAACGAGGCGAUGGCGACGCAGAGCCGGCACCACCUCAUCGAGGAGCUGCAGCAGCAAGUCGAGGACGAGUACGACAAGAAGGCCGAAGCCGCCAACUGCAUGCCCUGGCCGCGCACCGAGCAGGAGCGCGAAAUCGUCUACGAGCAGUAG